AGCAGCAAGAUGGCGAUUUCUUAAGUAUGUGGUGCGUCGCCAGCUGAUGCGGACUUGCGAAUUCGAAAACCAGAAUCAGGACACAAGAACCCAAGUGAGAAAUUCUCCAAAUUAGUGAGCCUAGGCAAGCCGUUCCCAGUUGGAACCAUGUCCCGUUAGUGCUCUUCCUUCGCUCGCCCGCGAGCGACUCCGAAGAAGCGACGAUGGACAGCAAGGACUACGAUCACACGAAAAACAUGACGCUGAUGUUCUUUCUAGACCGACUGAUGGACAAGGGUCAGCCGCGCACCCUGCACGACCUGUCCUGUCAGUUUGGCACCAAGGGCUUCACCAAGGAGAUGCGCCAGAUCGCUGGCGGCAGCCAGUCGGGGCUGCGCAAGUUUCUGCAGCAGUACCCCUUUCUGUUCACCAUCGAUGGCGACCAGGUGUCGGUGACGAGCUUCGAGGGUGACAGCUCGGGCAACUCGCCGCAGCGUGACUACGUGCAAGAGGCCAUCGACUACUUUCGGGCCAAGCUGGAGCAGUACGGAAACGCCGAGGUGCCCAUUAAGUCGCUGCUCGGCCACCGGUCGCAGGCGACGCCCGAGAUCAGGCACGUCUCCGGCCAGCACGGAAGGGAGUUCCGGGACUUCCUGGCCAAGCAUUCGGAUGUGUUUGUGGUGAAGGAUGAGCACGUGGUGCUACGCAGCGUCCUCCAGAAUGCGGCCCAAGGCGAUGCAGUCAUCAAGGUAGCAGAGGAGGCACCCUUGGACUCUGGGCUACGUGACCAGCUGACUUCUAUCUUUGAGACGUUCCUGCGGUCACGUGGGGGGUCGGCCAGCCUGGACGCUCUGUACGGGCACCUAACCUCGCGCUUCACCCGUGACACCUACUCACGCAUGAUGCAAAGUCCCCAGGACCUGUCUGCAUUCCUGCGCAUGAACACCCAUCGAUUUCAGAUUCAGGCCAGUGUGGUGACGCUGAUUGAGAGGACGCAACCGGAACCCGCCACCGCACCCUCACGUGGCAGCAUCCAGCAGAGGCUCAAGUCGCACAUCCUCAAGGCAGUGGCUGACAACUCGGCUAUGGACCACAAGAUGGCUGGCGUCAACUCGGCACGUGAGCAGGACCAGGCCUUGGGUGAUAUGCUGCGAGGAGUGCGUGUCAUCACCAAGGUGAAGGAGUGUGAGACACUGGUUUCGCGGCUGAGCAGCCAGCACCAGUUGGUAGCCCUUGACACCGAGGGUGUCAACCUUGGUCCACAGGGCCCCUUGACCCUUGUGCAGCUGGCCACCCCUGCAGUCGAGGUGUUCCUCUUCGACGUGCAGUCGGCACCGCAGCUGUUCACUGAAGGACACUUGCGAGACAUCCUGGAGGCUGAGCACAUCACCAAGGUUAUGCAUGACUGCAGGAACGACAGUGCUGCCCUGUUCUUCCAGUUUGGUAUCAAGUUACAAAAUGUUUUUGACACUCAGGCGGCACAUGCAACACUGCAGCAGCAGGACGUGGGUAAACCCGUGCACAAGGUGAAGAACGUCUCGCUGGGUACCUUGUGCACCCUCUAUGGGGGGCCGGUUAAUCCACGUCGAGAUCAAGCCUGCCUCCUCUACAAAAAUUUUGUACAGUAGCCUGCUUAAAGAUGGGACUGUGCUGCAUUUGCCAAGACUGAAAUUUCGCUAUGCAGUUUUUUUAUGAGAAAGAAAUCAAAUAGCACCAUAAUUAAAGAUAAAAUGAAAAUGGCAGAC